AUGUCAAUCACCGGCUUGUGCUUCCGUUUGUUGCCUUUCCAUAUUAUUAUUCUCUUCCUUUUGUUUAAACCUGAAUAUUCUUUUGCUGCAACAAAGCUCAAAAAUGAUGAAACCUCUUCAGGACAAAAUCAACAUUUCUUAGUUCACAUUGGAGUGAUACUUGAUCUGAAUUCUCCCAUUGGAACCAUGACGGAUUUAUGCAUAAAAAUGGCCCUCUCGGAUUUUUAUUCGGACGUAGGUUUAAUAUCUUGUUCUAACGACUUACGCACCAAGGAUGCCGAGAGUCUGCUGGAUACUAAUUUUGCAGUUCUUGAAUUACUUAAGCAUGAAGAAGUGCAUGGAAUCUUAGGGACACAGGUCGCAACAGAAGACAAAUUCCUCGCAGAGCUAGGUGGGAAAGUUCGUGUGCCAGUUAUUUCUUUCACCGCAAGAAGUUCAACUCUUCCCUAUUCACAAAACCGCUACUUUAUUAGGACUACUCCAGAUGAUAUGUAUCAAGCUCAAGCUCUCGCAGCCAUUUUCCAAGAAUUUCAAUGGUCUGAAGUAGUGAUUUUGUACGAAGACACGGAAUAUGGCAAUCAAUUUCUUUCACAUCUGAAUAAGGCAUUCCAAAAAAUUGAUAUUGGGAUAGCAUAUAUGAGUGCCAUCACUAUAUCAUCACAGGAUAGUCGAAUAUUAGAAGAACUCAAAAAGCUUAUGGCAAAGCAAACGAGGGUAUUCUUGGUGCACAUGAAUCCAACACUUGGUUACCAGCUAUUUUCUCUUGCCAAAAAGGCAGGAAUGAUGAGUGAAGGGUAUGCUUGGAUUAUUACUGAUUAUUUAUCCGACUUCUUAAGUUCCAAGGAUUUUGUAGCCCGUGAUUCAAUGGAAGGUGUUUUGGGUAUAAGGCCGUAUGUAUCCAGGUCGAAAAAGCUUGACAGUUUCCAAGAAAGGUGGAAAAGGAUUAUGGUUCUGAAGAGUAGGACGGGUUCAGUUAGGGACAUAAAUAUCUAUGGUUUGUGGUUGUACGACACAAUAUUCUCCUUAGCAAUAUCAGCAGAAAAGAUUGUGCCAGUGAAUUCUAGCUUAUUGUAUGUGAACACCAGCAAAAAUGGAACAGAUACUACAAACUUAAAAAUCUCAGCAUUUGGACCAAGACUUCUCAACGAAUUGUCACACACAAAAUUCAGAGGCUUGAGUGGAGAAUUUCAAUUGAUUAAUGGGCAACUGAAACCUCCAGCCUUUGAGAUAUUUAAUGUAAUUGGAAAUGGAGAGAGAACAGUGGGAUUUUGGACAGUGGAUAAAGGAAUAUCCAGAGAAUUAAGUUCAACUGGUGUUCCAACACACUCCUCAUCCACAAAAAGUCUCAAAAAAGCCAUGUGGCCUGGAGAUUCAGUCACACAUCCAAAGGGCUGGGCCCUUCCUGCAACAGGAAAACUGAGAGUUGGGGUUCCCGUGAAACAUGGAUUCAUAGAAUUUGUAAAUGUAAAAAUAGAUGCUGCCGCAAAUCGUACAAAUGCAACUGGUUUUUCGAUUGAUAUCUUCUUGGCAGCAUUGCAGUUGCUACCUUUCCCUACAAAAUAUGAAUUUUAUCCUUAUAAUGUCAGCGAAAAUUGUAACUCGAGUUAUGACGACAUGCUUCAUGAGAUACCUCAGGCAUUUGACAUUGUGGUGGGAGAUACAACAAUUUGGGCUCCACGAGCUGAUCAUGUUGAUUUUUCGUUACCAUAUUCUGAACGAGGAAUCGUUCUAGUGGUCAAAAAUAAGAAGCCAUUUGACACGUGGAUUUUUGUUAAGCCUUUGCGGUGGGACCUUUGGCUGACGAUCAUUGCCGCCUGCAUUUUGAUGGGAAUAGUGCUUCGAAUAUUGGAACACAGAGUACCAAACACAAAUGAAGAGUCAGUUAGGCCACACAGGGAGAGACUUCUAACGACUUACUGGUCUCCAAUAAUAGCUCUUGCAUUUCCUGAAAGGAAUAUGGUGGCUAAUACCUGGUCAAUAAUUGUAUUGGUAUUUUGGUUGUUUAUGGCAUUCAUCCUCAUGCAGAGCUACACAGCAAACUUAUCAGCUAUUCUGACAGUAGAUCAAUUAAAUUUUGUUUUAUCUGAGGAAAUUUAUGUGGGAUAUCAGGAGGGUUCCUUUAUGAAAUUUUUUUUGAAAGAGCGACUACACAUAAACGAAUCAAGGCUCAAAAAAUAUUCAACAGUUGAAGAGUACCAUGAUGGAAUGACUAGAGGAAGCCAACGAGGAGGCAUAGAUGCCAUAUUUGAUGAGAUUCCUUACAUGAAGAUUUUCCUCAAGAAAUACGAUAGAGUCAUGUUUUAUCAACCUGGUUCAUACAGGACGGAUGGAUUUGGUUUCGCAUUUCCUAUUGGCUCUCCCUUAACUGCGCAUUUCUCAAAGGCCAUCUUAGCCGUUACUCAAGGUCCAAACAUGACAUCUAUUGAGCAAACAAAUUUCGGACCUGGAUACUCUUCUCAAGAUCCACUUCCCUCAACAAUCUCCCAACGGACUUCUAGUCUUACUUUUUAUGACUUCGGAGGGCUCUUCAUUAUUGUAGGGUCAGUUACCCUGUUUGCUCUAUUCUGUUCAGAGACAUUAGUUGGGCGAAAACUUACUUCCCUAACUGCCCAGUAUAGCCAAAAGUGCUUAUGCUUUAUGUCAUCAAAAUUUCAUUCAACGCGGAAAGAUGCAGAAGAAAUUCAUGCAUCUAUCCCAGAUAGCGGUGCUACUUCUAGUGAAGGUUGA